CCUUGAUCCACAUAUGUAUGGUUUUCAUGACUCACUUGUCUAGUAAACACAACAAUGCCAUGACCUUCCCACCUACAAAUGCUUACUCCUAUAAACCUAGAUUAUCCCAGUAGACUUGUAUUUCGGAAAAAGUUGAGGAACCGAUAAGCUAAGAGAUAACAAUGCUUCAUCAGGGAAGCCGAUUCUCCAGCUUGAUGAUGCUUUAUGCCAUUGUCUCUUUGCCUUCUCUCAUGCUGAAAUCUGAAGGAUUAGAGCAUAUAGUUGGCGACAGCUCUGGCUGGGAACUCUUGACAAACUAUACCAACUGGACACAGGGAAGAGAAUUUCAUGUCGGCGAUGUCUUAGUUUUCAACUACAACAGCGACCAGCAUAACGUUAUGCAAGUUAACUCUACGGCAUACAAAGAUUGUGGAAGAGACAAUUACAUAUCUCUCUUCACCAAAGGCAAUGACUCAGUAAUCAUAUCAGAGGCUGGAGAGCACUGGUUCAUCUGCGGAGUGGACGACCACUGUGAGAAUGGCCAGAAGCUAAGUAUUAAUGUAGCUCCUUGAGUAGGUAGAGAUUAUCAACUAGAGGCAGCCAGUUGUUUGGGUCGUCUCUAGUACCAGAAUAAUGUCAUUAACUU